CAAACGCGACGGUUGGUUCAAGCGCUUCUUGGCCCAUCUCGUAAACGGAUCUUAAACAGUUUUGUUUUUUGUUUUUGUUUGCGUUCGCCUUUUAGUUGGAAACAAGAAAUAUUAAUGCCAAACACAUGUUUUAAUCAAUAGCAACAAAUUAUAAUCAACAAAUAUAUUUAAAGCUAUUCAAAAAAAAGUUUACUAAAAUCUAAAACCAAACCAGUUCCAGAAUCUGCACCAAAAGAAUUAGCAACAACAACAACAAAGCGUGCUGGAAGUAAAUACAAAAUGGGAACAAAAAUCGAGUACGUGGACACCACGCAUUUGUACGCCUCCAAGUAUAUACGCAACUCGAAAGCGAUUGGAGUACUCUGGGCCAUCUUCACGAUUUGCUAUGCCAUCAUUGGCAUUGUGGCAUUUGUGACGCCAGAGUGGAUAGGCGAUCCGGACAAUGAUGGAGCUGGCCGUUUGGGUCUGUGGCAGCAAUGUCAACGUGACGAGAUCUUUGACAAUUGUCGUCGCCGUUGGGAGAAUAUCUUGGCAGUGCCAACAUUUUCAUUUCAGUUGGCCACAUUCUUCAUGCUGAGUGCCAUUGGCCUGGCCUUGUUGACAAUUUUCUUUUUGGUAUGCUUGAUGUUCAUGAAGUCUACGCGUGUUUUCUAUAUUUGUGGCUGGAUGCAAAUAAUCUCAGCUUUUUGCAUGAUUGUGGCUUGUGCGGCAUUUCCAUUUGGUUGGAAUUCCGAUGAUUUCCGCAAGAUUUGCGGACCGGAGGCUAAUCGCUUUGAGUUGGGUCUCUGUGGCAUACGUUGGGCCUAUCCUUUGGCAAUUAUUGGUUGCAUAGAUGGUGUGGUAUUAGCCACAUUAGCAUUUAUUUUGGCCACACGACAUGUGCGUCUCCAGCCAGAUCCAAUUUAUCAGAAUUCCCUUUAUAAAGGUGAAAUCAAUAAUGCCUAUCUGACGGAUGCCAUCAGUUUGGCAGGAUCGAGGAAAUCAAAUCCACACAUCACAGGAUUGAAUUUGCAGCCCAUUUUGCUAGUGGCGCCGCCAAAUGAAGAUAGCAUAUCGCAAUUUUCGCGCUAUCAUUGAGAGAAUCUCAAAAUUUGGAAAAUGUAACAGCUAAAGCCAACGCAAAAUUGAAAGAUCAGCCGUUAGCCCCAUAUUUUUCGAAUGUACUUUGUGCUUAACUCCUGUUUUGAAUGAAUUGAGUGAAUCAAAUUGUAUGCUAGAUGUAUGCCCGACUGAAUGCCAAUUUUAUAGUGUUAAGUUUUUGAACUAGUUUAACAAUCUUGUGUAUAGCUUGUGCCUUUAAAGAUUAUUUCAUUAUUAUAUUAAGCUCUGCCUGUAAAUUAUAUUAAUCUAAUAAAAAAAAAAAAGAAAUGUACAAAUAUUCAAAUAA